AUGAAAGAAAAAAUGUACGAUAAAAAUGACAGAGUUAUAAAAAAGCACAAAGUAAAAACAAAACACAAUCAUAAUCGGCAUCGUAGCCAUCUUAAUGAAAAAAAAAGGAAAGGUGCAGAAAAAAAAAAAUGUAAAACAAAAAAUAAUGAUGGUAACGAUGAUAGCGAUGAUAGCGAUGAUAGCGAUUGUGACCACUGUGACCCUGAUGUGGCAGCGAACAAAUACGUUCGUAAGGAUAAUGAAAAAAACAUAUCAAGAAGAAAAUUAAAAGAAAAAUAUAAGCAAGGCACAAAUAUAUAUACCGCGAACAGUAAUAGUAGGAGUAGGAGUAAUAAUAACAGCCGCAGCAGCAAUGUUGCAAGGAAGAAACACGAUGUGUCUUAUAAUUCGUUUGACUAUUUUAGUAAAGAUAUUUUCGAAAAUAAAUUAUCCCCAAAUUAUAUUAAUGAAGAGAAAAUGAAAUAUGAAAAGGAUGUUUUUGAAAAAGCAUAUGGCUUAACGUUAUAUAACGAUAUAAGUUACGAUAAGUUUUUAUUUGAAAAACGUAAGGAGGAUGAAAAAGUUGACAAUAACUCUGAACAACAGAUAAGUAGAAAGAACUAUGAAUGCUAUAGUUGUAAAGCUAAAAAUGUGUACUCAAAUGUACAGUGUUACAAAUGUAAAAAGCUCAGGAAGGCAUAG